AAGAACUUACCCCUGGCAACUGACGCUGUACAAGCACAGUGCGGCUUGCGAAGAAAUGUUUUCCAUCAAUCCGGGCGUCGCGGGGAACAUGCAAAACCAAUGUGUUCAACUUCCGGACACGAUCGCGCUCGAGACAGGGAUUCAUUCCAUGGAGUUAAAACACUGCGACAAGAGUGGGUGGUUCCAACAGAGGGUGGUCAACAUGGAGAACGCAGCUUCAUCAACUUCGGGAAAAACAAGCCCCUAUUUGGAAACUGUCGACCUGAUGACGCACCCGAGUCAGCACCUGGCGACGACCGAGAAGGGCAGUUUCGUGCUGUAUACCGACGAGACGUGCGGUUUCGGCGAAGUGAAUAGUACGAACACAACAAACGACACUGCACAACUUGGAGUUCCCGAGCCGAUCCACACAACCUUGUACGAAGCGCAGUCGUACGGUGUGUGCGAGAGCUCCUUUCCGCACUUUAACUCGUCUUUAAAAGCGGACGGUGUUUUCAGCGCGCGGAUGCAGUGCACGUUGACUUCGAGCAUCUCGAUGAAUGGAGGAGAACCUUCUGCUGACACGGUGUCUUCGGCCUCGACCCUUUUGUCCGACAACGCGACGGAGUUGAAUGCGCAGUUCGCACUAGAGUUCAACAACGAAGAACGCUAUUUCGCCGAGGGGGUUUUCGCCUACGACGUUUUCCUCGAUGCGGACUGUACGCAGCAAGUCCGCGUGUAUUUACCCGCAGAUGCUGCUGAAACACAGACUUCAAACGCUUCCAAUAUGACGGACACUGGUAGUUCUGGCGCCGACGAGGAGGAAGUUCUGAACAGUCGAAAUACCACCGGAAACGGCACGAAUGGGUCGAAUGUGAUUGGUAUUAAUUGCAAAAAUGUCUGGGUCUGGAAGGUUGGAGCUUGUGAUGCUAACGGUGGACGCUAAAAAAAUCUGUAUUGCAUGAUCAGCAAGAAGAGUCCAGUUUGUGCUACGCGGGGAGGGCAUUUGUCAUGCGGAUUAGGCAUCAGGAAGCCCUCUAAAAAUCUGUGAUGCUAGGUCCUGCAUUACAGACGAGACGUCCUGGGUCAUGCAAAAUAUGCAUGACAAGCCCACUAACAUUCCAGACCCAGACACUUUUGCAUUUGAUAACUGGCCUGAACGACACCGACGGAGCUGACGGGUCCACUUCCACGUCGAGCGAUGCGUCUGGUCUGAAUGUAACCAACGACACCGAGCAGGGGAGUUUUGUCACGUUUGCCGCUACCGGAACGAUUGGAAGUUCUUGCGGAGUAGAGAAACCGAAGACCCACUGUCUCUUCGACACGGCCACGCUGAGCAGGAAGUGCGCGAUCCAGCUUCCGUACUGCGGGGCGAACGGCACGCGCGUGCGGUGGCAGAGUUUCUGGGACAAACCAUUUUCUGUCGGAGCACCGGGUUCAAAUGCUCCUGUGUUGAUCCAAAACCAGUUCCCCCAGCUCUACGACAGCAACGACACUUGCCCAUCGCUUUUCAACUUUCCGGUGUACCAGGUCGCGACCGUGGGGAGGUGUGAGCGGCUGGGGAACACGCAGUUUUUCCAAAAGCUCGACUGCACGCCGCCGGCACCCGUGCCGCAGAACGCGACCAAUAAGACGGGUGAGACGCUGUUAGUAGGGGAGGAAGCGGACGAUAAUCUGUUCGGGAAUGAAACCAACGGGACGAACACGACGACGUCAACAUCGACAACUACGACCUUCGUACCGGACAACAAGACCGUGAUGAACUAUUACGACUACGACGACAAAUUUUUCUAUCACGACGGCUACUGCAUCUCCCCCUUCUCCGUCUUCAUCCACCGGGGGAAGCUCCUCGUGCGGAACUUCUUUGGCGUGCCCGACUGGCACGACACGUACCGGUAUCAAAUGCAAAUAUGUCUGGGUCUGGAAGAAACGGAGUUUGUCAUGCACAUUUUGCAUGACCCGUGAGGUCUAUGAUGCAGGUCCUAGCAUGACAGAUUCUUUGAGGGCUUCUUGAUGCUUAUCACGCAUGAGAAAUGCCCUCUCCGCGUGCCAAGAACUGGACUCCUCUUGCUGCUCAUGCAACACAGAUACUUUUAGAAUCUGUAGACAGCAUUACAAGCUCCACCCUUCCAGACCCAGACAUAUGUGCAUCUCAUAACCGGAACCAGACGCGAUUCCAGCUGCAGGUGAACACCUAUGCAUUGCAAAAGUAUCGUACUAGUACAAAUUGCAUUUACAAAUUUUAUCAGAAAGAAAAAUGGAAUUUGUAAUGCUAAUUCAGGUAAAAAGGUAGGUUUGUCAUGCAAGAUUGCAAUUAGUAUGAGUGCGAUGCUUUUGCACAGCAUAACACCACCGGGUCCACAAUCCUGCGCAGGAACGUCGUGGCGCCCAGUGCGGAAAAAUUGGCGUUGUAUCACCAGCAAUUGCGGGAUAGUGUGGUCGCGCAGUCAACUUCUUCCAGUUCUCCUUCUGUUCAGAACAACGAAACGGAGGUGGAAGUCUUGAACCCGUUCUACCUGCACGAUCCGAAGUACGAGAAGAACGACCCGACGAUGUACUACGAGCAAGUGUACCUGAGGGACGACACGACAGACUAUUCCGCCACCAUCAACAUUGACAACGAGGAGUACCAGCACACGGUGUUUGUGGACGCCUUUGACGAAGACCGAAUGCAUCAGCGCAUGGUAGAUCGGCUCGGGCGGCUGAACGUGGUUGGGUUCACCCAGUUCGACCAUCUAGACUUCCUCAGCUUAUUGUCCUUCAACGAUACAGCUAGCAAGGCGACGACGCCUGCUGGUUCGAGCAGCUCUUCGAAUGGCACUUCGGCAGGUGGUUCUUCGCAGGCACCAUCGUCUUCGGAACAAAUCAGUUUCGACACGGUGACUAGUUCGUUACCACCGCCCUUUCCGGGUCAAUCCGGGUACUAUUUCUACACGCCGGCCAGUAGCGCCUUCGACCACAUGGAGAUUCCGGAACAGCAGCGGCUGGACGUGGUGUCCAAAGACCAGAUGAGCGAGGACCGGCUGAACAUUACGAAAUUCGUCGACGCGCUUAUGAAAGCCUCAGAAUAGAAAUCCUCAAAGUGGAAAUGAUUUGUGAUGCAUGAAAUGCGACGCAAAAAAGACUGUGUUGCAGAGGACGCAAUGGAGGCCGACUAUUGUCCUGCUGAGGUUGAAGAAUUGGAAUGCUGCUUAGCACGACAAAAGGGCACCCCUUUGCCUUAGCCUGCAUGACAGACAUGCUUUACGUGCCCGGGAAAUUUGUCAUGCGCCGACUACAAAAACAUAAACAAAUUUGAAUUUCGCUUCAAGUGGAGUCGUUUUUUUGCAUCACAAAUUAUCUCCACUUUGAGGAUUUCCAACCUGAGGCUUUCAUAGCGCUGACCCUAUUGGAAGACGCGAACUUUCAGGGAGGUGGAGAAAUAAGCAGUAGUGCGACGUCCUCUUCAAGUUAUGCUUCAAAUUAUGCUCCGAAGCACAACUUGGACUUCGAUUUGCAAACGUGGCUUGAGGAGCGGAAUCUGACCAAUGCCGGGGCUGUGCACAUGGCGUACAGUUGGGACACGGACCUGAAGACUGCGGCGCUGUUUAUCAAUGGGGAAGAAGUGUUCAAGCUCACAGACGUACAGGACGCGUUGUUCGAAAACAGCAGGGUGCGGACGUAUCACACAGACACGACACCAAAACCUUCCCCCAAAGAACAACACGGCCUCUUCUCCCUUCCCAACCCCGCGACCGCGGGGAUCGACCCGGUAAUUGGGGUGGAGGAAUUCCCUGCGACCGUGACCACGUUCACCGACCACGGCUUGUUCCUCGGCGACUACCACGGCAGCACGGCGCGCGACGCGUCUCUGAAGCCGCCAGUGAUGCUGCACCACGAGGACCCGCCCGUGCCCUGGUUUGACUCCCGCCCGUUUCACUACCCGAUGUCGCGGACCGCGCCCGAAAUCUCGCGGGUGCGGUUUUACGACCAGAGCUUUGUGCAGGAUGCUUUGAACGCCACCGACCCGGGCACCAACCGGAACGUCUUCGCAGACACGCUGUACCGGGACGAGUCAGCCGGCGGAUGCAGUUACCUACCCGAUAGCUGUCGAACGGCGUUCGACACCGGCUUCGAUGUGAAGCGGCUGAUAGAAGAGCACAACGUGUUUGUGGACCCAAAUUUACAAGGCCCGGACGCAAAUUUUUCCAGUAGUACUUCUGCACCAGUGCUAUCACCGACUAUCUUCACCGCUGAUACUGAACAGCACUCGCCGACCGCCACGUCGGCAAAGCUGGCGCUGCAGUGCAACGCCGGAUACCUCCCCCCGGUAUCCUGUGGUGGGAAAGUAUUUGAGAAAUUGCGAACUGAAAUUCUUCAAGCGCACCACUGGUUCUCCAACACGCUGACGGCGAAGCAGCAGGCCGCGUAUGCGGUGAACCAAACGGGCAAGCUGCCAAAAAACGCGGACUUCUUUCCGAAGGCGGUUUUUGAGUGCGCGAAGAAUCCGCAGCUGGAUUUCGUCGGCGGUACCAAAGAGACGCUGGGCCCCGAUCUGGUGACGCUAGCGGGUACGUUUGAUUCGUUGACGAGUCUCUUCGCGUCUGCUUCGACGAAUUAUGGGGUCACUCGCUACCACCAGGAAAAGCCGUUCCGUCUGGUAAACCAGGAUCCGGGAUUUCAAGAUCUGGACUACAACACAACCGAGGUGGUGGGGUACAGGAGCGAGUUGCAAAACGUCACGGUGCGAGUCAACGACAGUUUCACCGGAGAGGAGAUCGACGGGGUGGAGGAGCAGGUGGUGCAAGUCCCAAUUACGCAAGUUUUCCACCGGGUCCGCGCCUUGCAGGACAAUUUCCUAUCGGACUUCAGCCCCAACACGGACGGGCUGCUGCUCUCCUGCUGCGACACGGUGCCCGACUACUGUCCGCCCAUCGGGCAGAUCGAGGACGCCAAGCCGGUGCCGAACCGGAUCUUGCUGACCAACGCCACGUUUCCAGUGCUGACCUACACGCCCGCGGUCCGGACGGUCGCCCGCAAUCCGGGGAAGCGCGUGGUGAGUCUGCAGGGCGACAGAGAGGCGUUGCUGGCGGACAACUACGAUUUACAGAACUUGACCGACGGAAACUUGGAGCAGUUCAAGUUUGCGAAAUUGGGGUCCUGCGCGGGGAGCACCGCCGUCGCGGAGACCGGGCAAUACGACCGCAGGAUAGGCAGCGUGGUUUCCGUCACCUGCCCGCCGGGGGCGACGGAGCGCCAGGACACGUACACGUUAUGAAGUGCAAAUAUGUCUGGGUCUUGAAAAGUGCAACUUGUAAUGCGUGUCUUGCAUUCCUGGAAAAUCGUUGUUGCAUGAGCAGCAAAAGAGGAGCUUCCUUUGUCAUGCAAAAACGCGAUUUGUAAUGCCAUGCGUAUUAGUCAUCAUCAGGCGUCUGAAAAACUUGUCAUGCUUUGCUGCCAUUGCAAGUGCUUCAAUCAUGCGCAACUCAGCAUCACAACUUCCCAGACCCAGACAUAAGUAUUUGCAUUUGAUACGAGUGUCGCGCGAGUAACAAGGGCCUGCCCGAGUGGGUGUUGAUGUCCACCGGUCUCCCGGCGCCGCUGAAGUGCAUCGACUCCGAGCAGUGGUGUCCGCUGCCCACUCUGAUCGGGUCCCGGAUCGUGUCCAUUACCGACGGGGAGAAGUUUGGAUCGGUUCUGAACGUCGAGUGUUUCAAGAACUACGAAACGGUCUCGGGCUUCGCGUCCACGGUGUGUGGCGCCAGCCGGUACUGGGUCCUCGAAUCGCAGCAACUGAACACGACGGUGACCUCGAACGCCGACGUGUUGCAGUGCCUGCAGGUUUCCACCAAGCUGGUCCGCAACUACGACAACGCCCCGCCGCCGCAGCGGCUAAACGGCACUCUGUCGCUCCGUUGCCAGCCGGGGUAUGUGUUCAAGUCCGGAAAUCUCGAAUCCUUCUGCGACGUCACGGGGGAGUGGUAUUCUCGGGGCACAACCAUGGACAAGAUGACGAAACUGGUCGCUCCGCAGUGCGAGUUGCAGGUGGACUGGUGUCCGGAGCCCGUGGGGACCAACGCGUACAUCAAACGCUACUACGUAUCAAAUGCAAAUAUGUAGACUGGGUCUGGAAGGAUGCAAACUUGUGAUGCGGCCUUUCGAUCCUACUAAAAUCUGUAUUGCACCAUGAGCAGCCAGCGCAGUCCAGUGACCAGCUCUUGCCCCGCGCAGAGGGCAUUUGUAAUGCAGUAUAGGCAUCAGGAAGCCCUCACAAAAUCUGUGAUGGAGGGGCAUGCAUUACAGACAUCCUGGGUCAUGCAAAAUGUGCAUGAGAAACCUUGUAUCGUUCCGGACCCUCCAGACAUAUUUGCAAUCCAUACUACGACUCGCCCAACAACGCGCGCGGGCUGGACACGCGGGCCGAAAUGGGCUGCAACGCGGGGUACGUGCGCAAGUACGGGGACGCGGAGUUGAUGUGCAACAUGAAUUUGGUGGGCACCCAGGGCCUGUGGUACUCGGUCGCUUUUCAGCAGGUGGCGGCGACCAUGCACUGCGAACUCGACCCCUUCUUCUGCCCUGCGAUUCCCACCUCCGCCUCCUACACCGUGCUCUUCGAUGGCGGCCGGGGGUUGGGCGCGAUCUACCGGCGAGCGUGCGCCGAGGGGUUUGUCCGGUACGCGGGGGACGACGAGGUGGUCUGUGGGUUUGAGGGCGUCUGGAAGACGCGCACCGGGACGGGGACGAACCUGCGCAACGCGCAACUGCUCUCCUGUGUGCCGAUCGAACAGUACUGCCCGUUGCCGCAGUUGGUGCACGGGACCACGUAUCAGAAGGAAAAAUCCCCCCUCCCCACAUCGAAACGAAGUUUCUGAUGCUGGAUUUGCGCACACAGAUCAGAUUUGUCUUGCAGCAGAGGACUGCAGGCCCAUAUGGUGCCGGAGUCGAGAGGUUUUGGCCUAGGCGCUUAGCAUGAGGAACGUCUAUGCCGUAGGCCCAACAGCAUUACAAACCGCCUGCAUGAAGAUAGUGGAGCGGAGCCUGUGGCGUUGCUUUCUUGCGUCACAAAUGCGAUUUGUGGUCACAAAUCAGCAUGGCAAAUUUUCUGAGGUGUGCCUUAUCGAUAUGGGAAGGGGGGAUUUUUCCUUACGAUACCACGAAAAACCGAGUGCAGAAACUGGCAGACACCGCCUACACCCAGUGCCUGCCCGCGUUUGAGCGCAGCCCGCAGCCGUUUCAAACCCUACGGUGUGAGCACUACAAGGGCAACGCCACUUUCACGACCAGGACCGGGCCGGCGGAUUAUCAGGUAUAUUCUACUUUCAAUUUCGACCGCGUUGUUGGACUAUGUAUCUAUACAUAGUUUGCUGUCGUGCAUCUUCGUCAACAUCUUGCAGGCUCGAUAUUUCGAAUAAAUCAUCUGGCUCAAGAACAUCGUCUUUCGAUUUUGUUCGUCGUAUGGAUCAUGCUGCAGUGCAGUCGUCUUAAGCUGCUGAAGUGUUUGAUGCUUGGUCGUUUUGAGGACCUCGUUCGAGAAUUGAUAUGGAUUCAAAAUCGAGCAAACACACAACCAAAAGGUCGGCGAGUUUGCGCACGACGGGUAUUGGAUCGUGAACCAAACUAUCCAGUGCAAACAGCGAAGAUCGGGGUCUGGAAGAUUGCGAGACCUGUCAUGCAGGUUUGGCAUCAUGUUGACUCUAAGCUCUGUAUAGUUGUGUAGCUGCGAAGAGCUCGCCUGCCUGUCGUGCAAACGCGCAGUGGUUCUCAAGAACUCAUGCUGCAUAAGUAACACAGAGCCACGAAAAAACCUGUCAUGCUUCGCGGUGCGUGAGCGUGACAGUGUGCUCGUCACGAAGAUUCGCUGACUUGCGUGACAAGGUUUCGCAGACCCAGGCUCAUCUCGAUGUAGUUUGCAAGGUCGAUACAAGCGAACGCCACGCUGCCCCCCGCCGGCCCGCACUUUGCGUGCACGGCCCGCACCGAUUUUUGUGUGGCCCCCGCUGCGGAGACGCUUGUGUACUCGGUGAUGACGGGCGCCGCACUGAACCCGAUGGGCGCCAUGAUCAGUUUCCAGUGUCUCACUGGGUACCUCCCCAGUUUCGGCUCGUCACAGCUGUUCUGCGGCGUUGCGGAGCCCACGCCCGGCAACUACGUCGGGAUUUGGAUCCAGGCGGACGGCAUCCCCGGCGUGCCCCUGGCCUGCAGCGGGAGUAAGGAAGUGUGCCCCAUGUUGAGCACAAUCACGCCGAACUCGCAAGGGUAUAGAAUAAAAACGAGUAGUACAACUAUCACUAUACGACGAGAAAAUAUUAGGGGUGUUUCUGUUUUCUCUACUUUAUGCUUUUUUUGCAGCUCCUCCUGCAGAAUAAGAUUCGACCGAUUCGACCUUAUGUAUGAGUUUAACAUUUCCUUUCCGCAGGUACUUCCUUCUCCCCCUAGACCGGUCGUUGAAUUCCAAAGCGUUCAUGCAGUGCAAGAUGGGAUACGAGCUGAACCGCGCGUACACGCUAUCCUGAGUAAAAACGUCCCCACACCAGAGUCAAGCUGGGAAAUCUGCUAGACAAAUCUGUCAGCUUUUGCUGCUGCGCAUGACAAGUUUGGCCUCGCAGUGUAAUCCUGUUUAGCUUGUUCAGCAGCAUCACAGAUCUAGCAUAUCAUGCUGAUUCUAGCAUCACAAAUCCCACAACACGACUAGAGACUGCUUCGCAUGGGUCUCCGCAUGAGAAACAUUUCCAGCAUGCAGAUUUGCAUUGCAACUCCUGUGUGGGGACGUUUUUACUCACGAUACACGCCGCACAAGCCUCUGAUCGCGCACCGCAUGGUGUACCAGUGCUGCGUCGUGGUUGUGUAUCGCAAGAAGAAAGAAGUGUUACAGUUACACAUUGUGUUGCAGGCCAAGCAAGACAGACAAGCUCUGUCAUGCCGGAUAUGCAUAGGAGCCUCGUUUCAUAGGUGUUUUCCCGUAGGAUUUCUGCAUUACAAGUCUUCUCUCUGAUGCAGAGAAAUUUGUGUUGCUGAAUUGACUACAAAUGUGUAACUGUAACACUUUUUUCGUGGGAUAUUGUGAACGGCGUGGAACAGGUAUGAGAGUGCACAUAGCUCCUCCUCCCGCUCAUUUGGAUGGCAUCCACAGCAACACAAGUGCUGGCACAAGUGCAGCUUUUGCAUGACAAAUUCGCGACCGCUUCCAGUGCUGUUUCCGCUUGUUCGGGCACAAUCUGUCGCGCAAGCAGCGCCACAGGGCAUGCAAAGGGUGGAUUUUUAGAAGGCGUUUUGCAUGACAAAUGAGGGGGAGUUCGUUGAUGCGCACUCUUAUAACAGGGCUUCUGGUCCAACAUCAUCGGUCCGCAGACCAACUGCCCCACCACCAUGGCCAGUAUCCCCAACGUGGACAGCUGCGGCCUGAUCAGCAAUUUCUGCCCGGCGCCGGCCAUCGAUCCAAACAUGGAGGACUUGGAAAACAAGAACAUUCUGACCUACUUCGACCCAAACCUGUAUUUCACCUACGGGGCGCGCCUCAGCUUGUCCUGUCCGAUUCGCAAAGAAAUGGUGUACGGGGACCCGGAGCUGGUCUGCACCGCACAGGACGACAGUACCUUUCCGGGAAAGUGGCGCCGGUGGGUAUCGUGAGAAAAAAGCGUAGUUUUACCCGUAAGGAUUUUGUGAGUUACUUGCGUCACGCAGCGUCCGUGAAAACGAAAACUUGCCAUGCGAGAAAGCGAAUGUCUUGCAGUUGCAUAUGUAGCUGCAAGACAAAUGCGUCUGUGUUCCAUUCUAUCAUGCAUCAAAAGUGUACAGUGAAACAGUUUUUUCUGCUUGCAUAGUGGGUGGCCUCGGACUACACGACCGCGGUGAUGGAUCCGAGUGUGAACUUCACGGAAACGGAAGACGGGCUCGGAUUGAGGACCAUCAGGCCAAAUUUCGUGCCGGUACGUUGGGCGUUUUUUGUAUUCUCGUGCGGCCAGAAGUAGAGCGAGGCGAAAUUACUACUUUCAUAGGAGGUACUUACUUACUUGCAAAAAAGAAAAUCUCGGAAAAUAAACUUUUUCUAGAAUUGCACGUUAUCUAAAAACACAAAAAUUCUGUAGAUGGCGUGUGGGUUCGAGCGCCAGUUUGGUCUGAAGCUGCGCGCCACCUACCGUUCCGAGUUGCUAGACCGCAACGAGUAUCCUGUGCAAAAGUUGUAUCGUACUCGUGCUACGCGCAAAUCUUUUUUUUUAGUUUUUAACGCAGUCGAUGGAAUAGAACAAGUCCAUUUAUUCUUGUCAUCGUGUUUUGCUAGUUUGAAAAUUGUAAUUUCAAUUACCACUAGUACGAUACGGAUACUUUUGCAAUUGAUAACGACCCCCGAGCCCGGGCCGAGGUGGUGGACAGUGUGCGCUACAUGAUUGCGCAGGACACCAGCGACUACGAUGAAGAGGAAUUCACGGGCCACUUGAUUCCCGGUGUCUCGGGCACCUAUGAGUUUAAGUUGGAGGUAUUUGGGAAGGCGCAGGUCUUCCUGGAGGGCGCGCUGCUGUUCGGCGUGGAGUCCGAUCCGAAUCGGGACCAGGUAAUUUUAUAAAUUUCAAUUGUUUUAGAAUAUUAGCUCAAGUGAUGAUCUUCAUGUUCCGAAAAAGUGUCUCUACACCAAAAGAAAAGCUAACAUUACUAUAAAAACAGCUCGUUAACGGCACCACGCAGCUGUUUGACACGUUUGUCUCCCGUUCGGUCUACCUGACAAAGGAGCAGCUGUACGCGCUUUCAGUGAAAUACCAGUACUACGUAGCGAGGAACCUGGAUUACCGAGAGCCGUACUUGACCCGGGCUGCCAUUCUCAGGCUGAAGUGGAAGACGCCCGACGGCGUGGAGCAGGUAUAAUGCAUAUAUAUCAAAGGAGAGUUUGUAGUUGUCGGUUAGGUUUGAUGUUGGAUCAUUUACAUUUUCCACCUCAUCGAAGAUCUGGUAAUGUCCUCUGCGCAUUGGCAUUUGCAUUUCUGUGGAAGAAGCGAGCUGCAGAUAGAUCGAGACUUUCAUCAUGAUUCUACGUUCUUUGUCUCGUCAACGGUCUUCUAUCCUGUACCUGCUUACAGAUUGUUCCGCCUCAAUUCCUGUUCCACUCCGCCGAGACCUUUCCGGGGUACCCGAUCCGCCGCACGGUGAUGAACGACCCGACGCCGUGCUUGGCGUCGCCUCAGGUGGACCGGCAUCGGUUGAUCCGCCCGCUACGGGUAGACCCCUUGACCAACCAGACCAUCGGGUGGGACCGGUGGAGCGGGCUUUUGUCCCACACAAAAUCGGCGAACCCGCAGCAGCGGUACAACCCCAACACGGCGUGCUACAUCGAAUUGACCACGUUCGAGACACGGGACUACAUGUUUCACUUUAAUUUGGAUUUCAUGGACGUGUAUGGAAUACAAAUAUAUCUGCGUCAGGCAAGAACUUGUGAUGCUAAAGUGUGGAUGUUCGAAACACUUCCGAAUGCAGCUAAGCAUGACAACUUUCAAAGACUCUGGCUUAUGCGCAGCCCGCAUGGGAAACUGCGUUUCUGUAUGACGUAUCUAUGAUGACUACUUCUGUUGGUCAUGCAAUACAAAUUCCACAGGAAUGCAAGACCAGCAUUACAUACAAGUUCGAAUUUUCCAGACCCAGACAUGUUUGCAUUUGAUACCUUGGAAUUCUCGCCGUCGUGCGUGUUCGACCGGGUUCUGAUCUGGAAGGGCGUUUGGCGGGGCAGCGUGGGGCAGCCGCCGAGGCAACUGCUGUGCGGGGAGAACCGAACGAACGAGUUUUUGUUCACGGAAAAAUCCAACGCGUUCUUCAUCGAGUUCUACAGCAACGAAGCCUACGAGUCGACUGGGUACCAGAUCAACUACACCGUCACGGAUGUGUAUGAAAGUGCACAACUCCCCCUCCCCCUCAUUGGUAAUGCAAAAUACCUAAUUGACGCCUUGGCUCUUUGGACUGUUUGCAUCACAAGUUGUGGCAGCCCAAAUAACACUACACUCCUUUCCAAAUUUGUCACGCAAAACCCGUAUUCUUGCUGACGCUUGUAUUGCUGUUCACGCAAUACAAAUGAGGGGGAGUGGGAGUUGUGCACUUUCAUAAUGUGACCACGGGGUUUUAAAAGGAUCGAGAUUUUUAGUUUUACCGAUCCAACUCCGAGCUGGAAGGCAUGCGAUAAUCACAAUUUUUACCUCAAACUCAUGUUCCCCGAAGGCACAGCUUCAGCUACGGCCAAUAGAGGACAAAUUGGAAUCAGUUUAUAGCAACUUCAAGUAGAACAAGUAAAAGUAUAUCUAGCCUAUGGGCGGGCGCACGAUUGUGCCUCCAAGGUCCUUAACACCAAAAGGCAACGGACCUCGUCUUUGCUCGUAAUGUAUCAAUCCAUUCUUUCAUCAUCUACUAGCGAAAAAAAUGAAUUUUGCACAUCUUUUCGUGUACAAAGCAAAUAUGAUCGACGAGCCCGAUGAUCUUCUUACACUUUUAAUACUUCACAACUUCAUUUCUGUCUCUGAAUACUUGAAAUCAAUGCUUGCAACUCAAAUCGAAGACGCGAAUUUGGCCGUGUCUGUCUUACUGUUUGCGUAAGUAGAAGCCCCGUAGUACCCAGUACACUAGCACUCCUCAAUGUAGAUUUGAAACAAGACUGGUUUACGGACUUCUAUACAUAUGGUUUCUUUAUUGCAGCAACGCGAACGCUUCCGCGUUGUCUUUAUCAAUGUUGACAAUUUUCAUUUCUCUAGCUUCAAUCCUGAAGAACCUAGUAGCUUUUCGCCGUCCGGCGCGCGAGAAAUCUGUUUAGAAAAAAUCACGUUGUCGUAAGAAAAAACCUCCAGAAGUGAGACACGACCUAGCCAAAUAAAUUCUAAGUAUCGAAUUCCGUACUUACAACACUUUCUGUUUCUGUUGAUCUUGAUUUGAAUUGCUGCAAUGGCCGGCGACGGAUUUUUUUUCAAAAUGCAUUUGCUAUUCGUACCUAUUCCAUUUUAGUUGCUUUUCCUAUUCUUGUACAAGUUUGAUGGUAGAAAGAGCCACGGAUUUUUGUAUCACAAAUGUAAUUAAUCAUUGGAGAAGAUGUAGAAUAAAAUUGAAUUUUUCGGCGUCACCAGAAAUAAAGUAAGAAAGAAUUACUUAAUCAAUUUUCAGCUGCUUCUGCAGUACUGCUAUUUUGAUCUUUGUGGCGUUGUAUUGGCAGUGGAAGUCCUGAAAUUGAGCAAGCAUUGCAGUACUAUUGCAGUACAAUUUACGUCCGUCGAUUUCUUUCUUUCUUUCUUUCUUUCCGUGCCCGGGCACGGCAUCAAAUGUUCAAGGCCCUAAAAAUGUCCAUCUUUUUCUCAUUUCAGAAGAGCAAGAGGAGCAAACCUACGAUAAGGGACGGGAACAAACAAGCGCGAUCAUUUCCUCGUCGGUGAGCGCCUGUGGGGCGAAGAUGAAAAAUCAGCAGGAGGAAAUUAUUGUUCUUCGACAAAAUGAUCGAGUGCAUAUGAAGACGCUCGCAGUCGCAGGUUAACUUGCAUGAACAUGAAGAUCAUGUAAACAUGAUGACGUUAAGUAUUUUCAUCAGAUUUUUUUCCGAAAUAGCUUCCGAGAAGUACGGGAGCACGCUUCGUUCCUCGGGCUCUGAUAGACCGCACUGGCGCUGACCGGAAGAACCGGAAUGUAAUAUAGUCUCGGAACUGGAACUGCUCAAGCUCACGAGAACAUCAAGCUCGAGCACCGCCCAACAUCAUUGUUGUCGUCCAUCAAGAACCGAAAUUGUGUCGCCGACCCGAGCCGGCAUGUCCUGGAAUUUUUGGUCGUCUUGUUCAUUGAGAACAACAACGCAGGAGUGUGGAAGGCCGGCGCGGCUGCGAGGUUGUCCUCUUCGAAGCUCCUGCAGCGGAAAAGUGCGGUCGAAAUCUACUUCGUGCUGCGUUGUAGGUGGAACUGCAACUACCGCCGUGGUCCUCGUAACUGCUUUGCUGAUGGGAAAAAUCUUUAUGGUCGAUGAAGAAGAUGAAUGUGAAACUACAACAUUAAUACCCUCCUUGUCUUUCCCUCUUGUGCGAGCUGCCUCGCCCGGGCGGCCAGGUCGAGAUGAACAAGAACCUUCCGGUCGUUCCGUCCCAACAUCGGUCGCGACAGACCACAAUGAAAACAAGACAGCAGCAUCAAUUACAACGACCAAAACAGCUUGUAGAUCUCGACAUGGAGGACGACCACAACAAGGAGUCGUCGUGGGUUACGAAGAAGGUGAAAUGAUCCCAGCGCCCCCGGCGUCGCACUUGCAGGAGCAUCUUCAAGAAGAAGAGGUGGAGACCACAGCAAGAGAUCAGAGAACGCCCGCGAGGACCAGUAGAAGUACUACCGAAUGUACUAGUACCGAAUGGUUUAAAAAUGUUCGAAGUCGUGGCACAGGCACCACAGCCACAUCUCCCGUUGUCUUGACGGCACAGCUCCUCACCAAGCGAAGCGAGAUGGAAGCGAGGUUGAACGACGACCUGGAAAUAAAAAGAAAUUCCGGCACUUCAUCUAAAAAAUCCGACGAGCAUGAUGAUACCUAUUCCCCCGGCAGCGCAGAACCACGGCAGAGCCAAUUUUUGCAAUCCUUGCAGCGCUCGGUCUCCCAGUCGACCUACCACAGCUGCUAUACAUUGCAAAAAUGUCUGGGUCUGGAAGAUUCUGAGACUUGUCAUGCACGGUUUGCGUGAGCCAUGAUGUCUGUGAUGCAUGCCCUAGCAUCACAGGUUUUCUGAGGGAUUCUUGAUGCCUAUUCUGCAUGACAAAUGCCCCCUCCGCGUAGCAAGAAUUAGACUCCUUUUGCUGCUCAUGCAACACGAAUUUUUUAGACAUCCAAAUGCAGCAGCACAAGUUGCAUUUUUCCAGACCCAGACACUUUUGCAUUUUAGAGCUGCCUCUCCGCGCGAUCCUGUUCGUCAAGGACGUCUUUCAGGGGGAGAGACUCGGCUAGUAAUGACCCAAGCGGACAAGCCGUGAACAAAAUGAAGUCACUUGUCAUGCACAACAAGCCUCGCGUGAUUGGGACCGCCGCCGCGGUCGCGGGCGACAUCGAGGACUUAGCAGACGAGCUCUUUGAAGACCCGAUGGAGCUGCGUCCCAGCAGUGAGCCGGAAGAGGAGGACAUGGACAACCACAAUGUCGAUGGAGAAGAAGGUGAUCUCUUCUUGUUUUCAUCUGAAGACCACAUUUUUAAUGUGACGCGACCAGCCGGCACAGCAGAUAGUCCCGAGGACCACGUUGGUCAACAGCUUGACGACGCUUCCAGUUAUUUCGACCGAACCGAGCAAGAGCGGACAGAGGAUCAGUCGUCGUCCGAAGAGAUGAAGAACUAUGAGAAGCUGAUGCACCAAGUGGAAAAUAGACAGGCUCCUGUGAUGCUGGAGGAGGCUCACACAACGAGCCUGCAGGAGUCCUCGAGGGCCGCGGUUUUUCCUGCUACAACACAUGAAGAUGGGGGCGUAGGAGCGGUGUCGGUCGAGAACCACGACGAGGAUCAGCAACCGCGAGUAGAAGUACGGGCAGGAGAUGAAAACAACAACGAGCCGCGUGCAGCCUCAGCGCACAAACAACAAGUCGAAGACCGCGCUCGUAACGAGGCGGACUUUGGGUUCCUGGUGAAGGGGCUGGAUCAACUGCAUCUGCGGGUGGGAGAUGCGGAGGAUGAUGCAUCCGACCCCUCUGGAGGAGACCAAAUGCACAUUGACAGCCGACCCGAGCGGCCCAUGAUCUUCUCCGGCGCGGAGUCAGAGACCACCACGCGCGUGUCGUCGGGUGCGGGAGGCGGGACGGUCUGUAAUUAUAUUCCGUCCCCGGACGGGGACGGAAAAAACGACACGCCAGUAGUACCUGGGACCGAAGUACUACUAUCCACUGACGACCUGAGCAGUUGUGACGAACACCUCCCGGCGGCCGUGGCAAGUCCAAGUCCUCCCAGGACAACUCCUGCGGGCAGUAGAAGCACAACGGGACCACGACGAGAGGAACAAGGGCAACAAUGUGAAAAUACCGCUAGCGCAUCAACUCAUCUCCCUGGAACAAACUACACAAGCAGCUCCUCUACUUCCCUCACCCGUCGAUCGCGAGUGAGCCAACUGCAGAUUUGUUCUUCGGACCUGGGUUCUAAUAAUUCUAGUGACACAGACACGGGGACGGCCACGGCGAACCAGGGCCACCAGGAGCGGGAACUACAGGAAGAACGCGAGCUCGACCAGGCGGUGCGAAAAGGAACGAGUAGUGUUGAAGAUGUGUUUAAUAAACACGAUCAUACAACAGGUUCUAGUUCUACCUCCACUUCAACCCAGGAAGCAACUACAACCAGCAGAGAUGAAGUUCAUCCGGUUGCAGGAGCAGCUGGUGGGACGGCGUGCAAUAAAACUCUUCUAAACACAUCGAGGACGACGUCCAUGGGGCGUAGUACCGGUGCUGCAGCUCUUACAACUACACCGAGGAACUACUGUAACGCAGAACCUCCUUUUGGGCGGAACAAGAGCCACUGCAACCAUUCGUCCAGCUGCGCGUCCCCGGUCUCCACCGUUCCGACUCCGUCGGACGCUCGGCACCCCCAAGAACCUGCUGGAGGUAGUAGUAACAUCAAUGCAUUAUCUUCAAACAGCAAAUGCAAAAGUAGCAAACUCAACCAAGAAACCAAAUCUGUCUAUCACGGCAGCUGGCAGCGGGUCCCGGGCAAGGGUUGGGUCGGGCGGAAUGCUUUGCUGGGUAAUAAAAACGACGGUAGGGACGAACAAGAUGCGAACUACUUUCUUGCCGGUCAGACUCCGACGCGAUUUAGCUCGCAGCAACGGACCUCGCCGUCGCGCUCGUUGACCAAGAUGUUGACUUCUGCACCGGAACAAAAACAGAACAACGCACUGAAGGAGGACUUGCGCAAACUCCUGGCCUAUGAAAUGCAAAUAUGCCUGGGUCUGCGUAUGGAAGCUUGCGAGAUUUGUCAUGCUUGUCUAGCAUGACCAAAAAGCUCCUUGUGAUGCGUGUCUAAGAAGAGACCCUUUUGCCUGUCAUCCAAAAACGCAGUUUGUCAUGCGAAAAACGCAACAGAAAGAAGCGCAGAUAUUUGUCAUGCUUGCCUGUGCAUUACAGAGUAUCAGUAUUCACUAUUCCCAGCGCAGCAUUACAAGUUUCCAGACCCAGACAUAUUUGCAUUUGAUAUGGCCGCGCAACGGGAAAAAGUGGAUCGCGAGGGCACGACCUACUCCUCGACACCGGCCGUGAGGAAUGUAAACCGAAGACUGGCGUUAUCCUGUCGUGUAAAAACGUUCCCGAACCACAGUUGUCAUGCAGAUUUGCAAUGAGAAUGACAGGGUACAGCAGUACUUGUAAUGCGCAUACCCAAGGGCAAGGGAGGCAUCCCUACCCCCAAUCGUGUUUUGGAAGUUUUAAUGCUAUGUUAAACGUACAGGAUUAUUUAGGAAAUAGCUUUGUGAUCGUCAUCGUCCACGGCUUUGUUCCUUGCUAAGCUGCACUGCAAUACGGCGAAAAUAAACUUGCCAUUUUUGCAUCCCAAAACUUCUCAACCUGUAUUCUUCCAGAGAUUUUCCCAGCCAUCAUUGACUAUGGGGGGUCAUGGGGACGUUGUUACUCAGGAUAGGCGGGGGCGGGGUUUGCGGUGCCGGUGAACGGCGUUCUUGCUGGGAAUACCUCGGAUUCGUCCAGUGAAUACGAAACAGAUUACUCCGGCGAGGAGGAUAUUGAUCCGAACGCCGGAGGGAAAACCGCGGUAGGUGCAGGAAACCACCCGCACACGACUGCCUAGCGACGUGGAAAUCGAUGAAGAAGGCAUUUAUUUUUGUACGAAAAAGACAGCGCGCCACUCACUGU